UUGACCACUCUGGUUAAGUCUCAAUAGAUGGACAGAGAGAGACGAAGAAAGAGAGAGAGAGAAACAGAGAGGACUGUACCAACUCUGGCGCUUGCAAGCUGCAAUUGUUGGCUGAAGAAAGACAGAGUCUGUGGUGCUUGCAGAGGAAGUGUACGGAGACACUAGAGAGACAGAGAGCACCAGAUUGAUGGUUAAAUGGAAAAAAAUUGGUGUUGAAUUCAGAUUUCAGAGAGAUAUUGCUACUGUUGUGAGUUGUAGGGGUUUGGAUCGAUUUCAGAGAGACCUGAAAGGGUAGAGUGAGAGUUGGUGAGAUUUGUGGCUGAUUUGAGUUUUUUUGCUUGCUUUUGAUUAAGUUUCGAGAGAGAGAGACAGGGAAAUUGUGAAAUUGGCAGUGUUAUGGUGGAUUGAAGAGUUGAAUUCGGGGUUUGUUGUGUGUGAGAGUGAUAGAACACUUGUAGAGGUGUAGUCAAUGAGAGAUCUGAAUUGAAAGUUGAGAGAGAAUGCCAUCUUCAGAGAUUUCGACCAAGGGAAGGGCAGAGAGCUUCUCUUCCGGAUACAGCGAGCCCAACGCUAUGGAAGGGCAGAAAAUUCAUUCGACGCAUUCUGGCGCCAGUAAAGCAGUUGCAGACCCCGAGACCGCGUUGUACAGGGAGCUAUGGCAUGCUUGUGCGGGUCCUUUGGUCACCGUUCCUCGUGAGGGAGAGCGUGUCUUCUACUUCCCUCAAGGCCACAUCGAGCAGGUGGAGGCAUCCACGAAUCAGGUCGCGGACCAGCAGAUGCCUCGCUAUAAUCUUCCAUCGAAGAUCCUUUGUCGAGUGAUCAACGUUCAGUUGAAGGCUGAACAAGAAACAGACGAGGUGUAUGCCCAAGUGACUUUGCUUCCUGAGCCUAACCAAGACGAGAAUACUGUUGAGAAAGAGCCACCACCACCUUCGCCACCAAGAUUUAAUGUUCAUUCAUUCUGUAAAACUCUGACAGCUUCGGAUACCAGCACACAUGGUGGAUUUUCUGUGCUUAGGCGACAUGCUGAUGAAUGCCUGCCCCCUCUGGACAUGUCACGGCAACCUCCAACCCAAGAAUUGGUUGCCGAGGAUUUGCAUGGAAAUGAAUGGCGUUUUCGGCACAUAUUUCGUGGUCAACCACGGCGGCACCUGCUUCAAAGUGGCUGGAGUGUAUUUGUUAGCUCCAAAAGGCUUGUUGCUGGAGAUGCCUUCAUAUUUCUAAGAGGAGAGAAUGGAGAGGUUCGUGUUGGUGUUAGACGAGCAAUGAGACAUCAGGGCAAUGUUCCAUCGUCCGUUAUAUCCAGUCAUAGCAUGCAUCUUGGUGUUCUUGCUACUGCAUGGCAUGCUGUCUCAACAGGAACCAUUUUUAAUGUUUAUUACAAACCAAGAACAAGUCCAGCAGAGUUCAUUGUUCCAUUUGAUGAGUACAUGGAGUCUGUCAAGAGCAAUUAUUCCAUUGGGAUGAGGUUUAAAAUGAGGUUUGAAGGAGAGGAAGCUCCAGAGCAGAGGUUUACUGGCACCGUAGUUGGAACUGAAGAUGCCGAUUCCAAAAGAUGGCAGGACUCCAAGUGGAGAUGCCUCAAGGUGAGGUGGGAUGAGACUUCGACCAUACCUCGGCCAGAGAGAGUCUCACCUUGGAAAAUAGAACCUGCUUUAGCUCCUCCUGCACUGAAUCCUCUCCCAAUGCCAAGGCAAAAAAGGUCUCGACUGAAUAUGGUGCCAUCAUUGCCCGACUCCUCUGUUCUUACUAGGGAAGGUUCCUCUAAAGUGACCAUAGACCCUUCACCAGCAAAUGGGCUUUCAAGGGCCUUGCAAGUUAAAGAAUUCUCGACCUUGAGAUACAAUUUUGCAGAGGGCCAUGAAUCUGAUACUGCUGAUACAUCAAUUAUGUGGCCGCAUUCACUAGAUGAUGAGAAGAUUGAUGUGGCUUCCACUGCCAGAAGAUGUGGACCAGAAAGCUGGAUGCCCUCAGCGCGGCAUGAGCCUACUUGUACAGACAUGCUUUCGGGCUUUGGUGCAAAUGCCGAUUCCUCUCAUGGGUUAUGUGCUCCCUCUGUUGAUCGAAAUUCUGGAGCUAGUAAUGCAAUGAGAAAACACACUCAGGAUAGCAAGUUUAAUUUGAUUGCUGGACCAAGGUCUUUAAUGUCCACUGGUCUCUCACUUAAGUUGGCAGACUCCAACCAUAAGGCUCCUGCACGAGUUGCCGAUGUACCAUAUCAAGCGCAAGGAGGUGUAAGAUAUGGUGGAUUGAGCGAGUAUCCCAUGCUUCAGGGUCACAGAGUGGAACAUUCCAAUGGAAACUGGUUGAUGCCGCCUCCUCUGACAUCUCAGCUUGAGAAUCUUGGUCCUCCGAAAGAGCUAAUGCCAAAACACACGUUUCCACUAGAAAAUGUGCCUGUGAAAUCCAAAGAUGGAAAUUGCAAGCUUUUUGGUAUUCCCCUAAUCAGCAAUCCUGUCACACCGGAUUCGGUAGUCUCGCAAAGGAAAAUAGUGAAUGAGCAUGUUAAUCACCAGCUUUGUGCGUCUGAAUCUGAUCAGAAGUCUGAACAGUCAAAGAGUUCAAAAGUGGCUGAUGAUAAUGAGCAGGAAAAGCCAUUCCAGACUUCCCAUGCACAUACGAGGGAUAUUCAAAGCAAAUCACAAUGUGGUUCAACCAGGAGUUGUACAAAGGUUCACAAACAGGGGAUUGCACUUGGUAGGUCUGUGGAUCUUACUAAGUUUAACAGCUAUGAUGAACUGAUAGCAGAAUUGGACCAGUUGUUUGAGUUUGGUGGUGAAUUGAUGGAUUCCAAGAAGAAUUGGUUGAUUGUGUAUACAGACGAUGAGGGUGAUAUGAUGCUUGUUGGAGAUGAUCCGUGGCAAGAGUUUUGUGCCAUGGUUCGCAAGAUUUUCAUCUACACCAGGGAGGAGGUCCAGAAGAUGAAUCCAGGGACCUUGAAUUCAAAGGUUGAGGAGAGUCUAUCACCCAUGGAGGGCAGGGAUGGGAAAGGCACGACACAUGUGGCCAUUUCAGCAUCGAGCCCCAACAAUCAUUAAAUUUGGUUAGGGUUUAGGCACGUCAGUCGCAAUUCUCCUGUAUAUCAGAGGAUAAUACGAUUGCUUUUCUUUAUGCUAAGCUUUUUGUGGAGGCUUCAAGGCAGAUCGUCCGCUGUGAAAUAUCAAAUAAAUGGUGAAGACUCUUGUUUAGAUGGCUUUGUUUUGUUGUCUUUGGAGACCAGAUAUUAGAUAGCACGGAUCAUAUAUCCAAUCAUUUACGCCCUGUACAUAGCUAGACCCCCCAUUCUCCAAGCUUCUAAUGUAAGUAAUUUUAUACAUUAUCUAAUGGCUUCUCACCUGAAGAGGUUCAAUUUAAUUUUGUUGUUUUCCCACA